AUGGCCCCUCAAAAUACCCCCGCAUCGGAUGCUCCUCCGGGCUCAGUUAAUAUCAACUCGCUUUCAGUGCCGCAGCUGCGGGCGCUGCAGACUCGUCUUUCGUCGGAAUUGGAACAUUUGACCUCGUCGCAUGCUAAGUUGCGGGCGGCGCAGUCGAAGUUUAGGGACUGUGUGCGGUCGAUUAAUGAAGGUGUUGUUGGAUCUGAGAAGAAGGGGACGGAUGGCAGGGAUGAUAUCUUGGUGCCUUUGACAAGCUCGUUGUAUGUCAAGGGUAAGCUGGCCGGCCGGGAGAAGGUGCUUGUGGAUGUCGGAACGGGUUUCUAUGUUGAGAAGACUACGAAAAAGGCGAUUGAGUUCUACGAGGACAAGAUUAAGAGUCUAGAGACGAACCUCACAGAGUUGGAAAAGAUUGUACAGACGAAGAGCUCCCAGCAAAGACUCUUCGAGGAGGCUCUGAGACAGAAGUUGCUUAGCGAAGGCGCCCCUUCAUCUGCUGCUGCCGCUGCGGGCGGUGGCUAA